AUGGAGGCCCUGCAGAGGCAGCAGGCAGCCCGACUGGCCCAGGGGGUGGGGCCAUUGGCCCCUCCACACCCACCACCACCUCCUCCUCCGGCUCCCUUGCCUGGUCCCCGGACCCUGCAGGCCCCUGAGGGGGCCUUGAGGGAGGUUGGGGCUGAGGAAGAGGAGGACGCGGAAGAGGAUGAGGAGGGGGAGGAAGCUGGGACAGAGGAGGAGGCAGCCAAGGAGAGCCGUCCAGGGACCCAGGACCCCAGCUCACCUUCCAGCCAGCCACCUGGACCUCAUCCCCAUGAGUGGACCUACGAAGAACAGUUCAAGCAGCUGUACGAGCUCGAUGCAGACCCCAAGAGGAAGGAAUUUCUGGAUGACCUGUUUAGCUUCAUGCAGAAGAGGGGGACGCCGGUGAACCGCGUGCCCAUCAUGGCGAAGCAGGUGCUGGACCUGUACGCGCUGUUCCGCCUGGUGACGGCCAAGGGCGGCCUGGUGGAAGUCAUCAACCGCAAGGUGUGGCGGGAGGUCACGCGUGGCCUCAGCCUGCCCACCACCAUCACCUCGGCCGCCUUCACUCUGCGCACCCAGUACAUGAAGUACCUGUACCCGUACGAGUGCGAGACGCGGGCGCUUAGCUCUCCGGGGGAGCUCCAGGCCGCCAUCGACAGCAACAGGCGCGAGGGCCGCCGGCAGGCUUACACCGCCGCCCCGCUCUUCGGCUUGGCCGGACCGCCCCCUCGGGGCUCUCUGGGCCCCGCCUCGGGUCCCGGUUCGGCCCCGCCCGCGCCCCCGCCCGGCCCCCGCCCCGCCCAGGGCUCCGCCUCCGGCCUGCCGGCUCACGCCUGCGCGCAGCUGAGCCCGAGUCCCGUUAAGAAAGAGGAGAGUGGAAUCCCAACCCCUCGACUGGCACUGCCUGUGGGCCUGGCCUUGGGACCUGCACGGGAGAAGUUGGCACCAGAGGAGCCCCCAGAGAAGAGGGCUGUUCUGAUGGGGCCCAUGGACCCACCUCGACCUGGCGCACCCCCCAGUUUCCUGCCCCGUGGCAAGGUUCCCCUGAGGGAAGAGCGGCUGGAUGGGCCUCUUAAUCUGGCAGGCAGUGGUAUCAGCAGUAUCAACAUGGCCCUAGAGAUCAACGGGGUGGUCUACACUGGCAUCCUCUUUGCCCGCCGCCAGCCUGUGCCAGCUUCCCAGGGCCCAACCAACCCUGCACCCCCACCCCCUACAGGGGCCCCUUCCAGUGCCUCACCCUGAGAGCUCCCGCUUGGAAUUAAGAUUUCCAGCCCCAUUGCUGAGGGGGAAAGAGACACCCCCACACCUUGAUUCUUCCAGGGUGCCCACUCUAGGACCCAGCCCUGGGAGGUGACCACUCCCCCCCCCCCAUGCCACAUAGACUUGAAGCCAAAGAGUUUUCUUUUGAUGUUACAUCUACCUCAUUAUAAAGGGAGGGCACCUCCUCCCUGGCCAACUCCAGCAGCAUCUACCAAAGGGUUCUGCCCCCAGUAACCUCCAUCAUGUCCUCAUGUGCCCCCCUGUGUCAUUGUCAUCUCUAGGACCCUAUCUCUUCGAGUCAGACCUGCUUCUCUCCAGGAGCCAGGUGGAGGGUUG